UUCAGGUGAUGGAAAAUUCAUCAGCAGUAUCAUCCAUCAUACUGUCUGCAUACUUUGGAAUGGAGGAUCUUAAGUAUUUGUACUUCAGCAUUUUCCUUAUUUUGUACAUUGCAAUUGUUGCUGAAAAUGUCAUUCUAAUUGGAGUAAUCUACACUGAGAAAACAUUGCAUCAACCAAUGUAUUUCCUGGUGUGUAACUUGGCAGCAAAUGGUCUCUAUGGUAGCACUGCGUUGCUGCCAGCACUGUUGAAAAAUGUAGCUUCCCACCCUAGUGAGGUAUCUCUAGCCAGCUGUCGAACACAGAUCUAUUGUAUACAUACAUAUGCUAUUGUUGAAUUUACAAUUUUAGGAGUGAUGUCUUAUGAUAGGUAUGUUGCUAUAUGCCAUCCACUGCGGUAUCAUACCAUCAUGUCUCUGACAAAAGUGUAUAAACUUGUAGCAUUCACCUGGAUUUACCCUUUGGUAGCAUUUCUCAUCUUUUUCAUUAUAACUCUUCAACUGAGAUUUUGUGAUAAAACUAUAGAUAAAUUAUACUGCAUCAAUUACUUGCUUAUAAAGCUCUCCUUCUGUGCAUUAUCUUCCAAAGAAUCCAAACUCAAAGCACUGCGAACUUGCACUCCACACCUGUUUGCUAUUAUCAACUACUUUGUGGGUUGCUACUUUGAAAUAUUGCAAAGCCGAUUUGACACAAGUCAUUUACCUUACAGAACUCAAGUGUUUAUGUCACUUUACUUUUUGAUAUUCCCUCCCAUUCUUAAUCCAGCAAUCUAUGGGUUAAGUAUUCAAGCCAUAAGAGUGAAGCUGUUGAAACUUUGUUAUAAUAAGAAUAGGAUAUUGUCAAUACAGUAG